UUUUUAUGUUUGUUUUUUAUUUUAGAAAUCAGGACCCUUGAUAUUUAGGAAAACUAUGUUUAACUCUACUGAAAUCAGGUUUUCUGUUAAGUCAUUCAGUUGUCUGAGGCCUGUGAAGUUUACCAUAGAGUGGACCUUGAAGUAUCAUACCUGUCACAACGAGUACCCUGAGCUGGAAGAGAUGUCCCAAAAACAUGAACUUGAAGAAGACUUUUGUGCUUAUUUGAAGAACAUCAACUGCUGGACAACAAAAAAUGAAAACUUAGAUUGCAACAGUGAUUUACAGGUGUUUCCCUCAUUGAACAAUAAAGAACUAACAGGUAUCAGAAAUGCUUCAAAUCAGGAAGGAUCGAUGGAUAUUGUAGCCAGAACACAGAGAGAUGGGUUUCACAUCUUUAUUGUUUCUAUUAAAACGGAAAAAACAGACGCCAGCUGGAAUUUGAAUGUUUCUCUUUCAAUGAUGGGGCCUCAUGGAUAUAUCUCUGCAUCAGAUUGGCCUCUGAUGAUUUUUUACAUGGUGAUGUGUAUUGUUUAUAUAUUAUAUGGUAUACUCUGGCUGACGUGGUCUGCCUGUUACUGGAAAGAUAUAUUAAGAAUUCAGUUCUGGAUUGCAGCUGUAAUUUUCCUAGGAAUGCUUGAAAAAGCAGUUUUUUAUUCGGAAUACCAAAACAUCAACAGCACCGGACUAUCAACCCAAGGCUUAUUGAUAUUCGCCGAGUUGAUAUCUGCAGUUAAGAGGACGUUGGCCCGCCUCCUGGUGAUCAUUGUGAGCUUGGGCUAUGGUAUUGUGAAGCCACGUCUAGGAACCGUCAUGCACCGAGUGAUUGGACUGGGACUGCUCUACUUCAUCUUUGCUGCUCUGGAGGGUGUGAUGAGAGUCAUUGGGGGUUCUAACCACUUAGCUGUUGUCUUGGGUGACAUUAUUUUAGCAGUUAUUGACUCCAUUUUUGUGUGGUUCAUUUUUAUAAGUUUGGCACAAACGAUGAAGACCCUGAGGCUAAGAAAAAACACAGUGAAAUUUUCCUUAUAUAGGCACUUUACAAAUACUCUCAUAUUUGCUGUGUUGGCUUCCAUAGUGUUUAUGGUGUGGACAACCAAGACAUUUAGAAUUGCAAAAUGCCAAUCAGACUGGAUGGAACUCUGGGUGGAUGAGGCCUUUUGGAGCUUCCUGUUCUCACUCAUCCUUAUUGUAAUAAUGUUUUUGUGGAGACCAUCGGCAAAUAACCAGAGAUAUGCAUUCAUGCCCUUAAUAGAUGAUUCUGAUGAUGAAGUUGAAGAAUUCAUGGUAACGUCUGAAAAUUUAACUGAAGGAAUAAAAUUAAGAGCCUCAAAAACUGUUUCCAAUGGAGCAGCUAAACCUGCUACUUCUGAUAAUUUUGAUGAAGAUUUGAAGUGGGUGGAAGAAAACAUCCCCUCUUCAUUCACCGAUGUAGCACUUCCAGUGUUGGUGGAUUCCGAUGAGGAAAUUAUGACCAGAUCUGAAAUAGCUGAAAAAAUGUUCUCUUCAGAAAAGAUUAUGUGAUCGGAAUGAGUAUAAAUAAAACCAAGGUCACGGCCUCGGACUGUAAUGGGUGGGAGCUUGUUAGGGGGCAGCCAGCAAGCUCUGGCCCUGCUGCCCUGGACAUCACGUGGUAAAGGAAGGACUCAGAGGAGGCUGUGCAUCCUCGACAGCUGACUUCUCCGUGUCUGCUGGAGUGAGUGGCUGGACUUGGAAGUCAUCUGAGAAGAGCACGAGGAGGAAGCCGUGUGCACAGACGCUGGUGAUGUGCCAGCAUCGGAUUGGGGUUCUCUCUUUUCUCUUGAAAAAAGGAUCAUUCCAGGUUUCUUUAAAUUAUAUAAAGUCUCCUGCUGUUCUUUCUAUUCACUUUGAGAUAGAUAAUGUGAUUCUUCUGAAGUAGAGCGUGUCCGUGUCCCCAUCUUUGGGAUUUAUAAUUACUAGAAGCAGUAAUGAUUUUUUGUUUUACUUUUAUACUGAUGACUUAACAUUGGAAUGUGGGCAUGUUGAUAUGUCUCAUUUUGCUUUUUCUUUGGUCUGCACAAUGCCAUUUUUUGUGAAUACCACCAUGAGCAUCAGAUCAUGGAGUUAGGUCUUCUCUGAGCUCAGGGGAACACAUGUGCACAAAGAGAAAAGUCUUAAGGGUUCCUUCCACAGAUUUGCUCUGCCACUGCCCCUCCUCAGGCCACGGGUACGCGAGCUACUGCUGAAUCUGCUGGGCAGGUGGUGGACAGCUGGCCACGUGGUGCCCCACAGCACCUCCUGCCUGGCAGGUUGGGAGGCCCAUUACUUCUAAGCCUGGUGGAAACUAGAUCUGUGUCUUGUACACAAUCUUGGCAUCUUCGUCUUAUAAUAAAGGCACAUUGAACUGCAGAGUACAUCACUGCUGAUCUGGUAAUUGCUUUGUUAAUCUUCAGCCAUGUUUUGCUGCUUAUUUGUCACAUUUCUUGGUGACAUAUGGGUUGGCAGGGUUUUGUUUUUUUUUUUUUUUUAGUGUCUUUCUUUAAAAUAGUGUGGACAUAUGCAGUUGGACAUAGUGUGAUGAAACUGUGAAUGUGCCACUCCUUCCAUGACCAAAGAUAGAGGGCUGGCAACCUGUGAGGCGGUGAUGAGGGGCGCAUCUCGCCUGUCCUCUGCAGGAGUCCAGCCUGUGAACUGAGAGUGACUUCAAAGCAUUUGAGAAGACAGGAAAAUCUUGACCAUCACAAAUCUUUUUUCUUCACUGUAAAGCCUGAGAAUGGUUUUCUUUCCUCUCAAAAGCCUUUCUGACCUGCCUCCUGUGGUUAGAAAGGAAGUUAGUAAGAAGACUGCCUUCAGGCAGCAGCUUCUCCUGGGAGGCCUCGCCUCACAGCGGUGCUCAGCGGGGAGCCCUGGCAGGACAGGCAGGUUUGCCAAGUGGUGCUCGCUCUGGACACCCUUCCUGGGAGGAGAGGGGCUAGUUGAAGGGUUCUGGUUCCAUCCUUCGCUCAAGUUUCUGCCAGGGUGAUGGCCGCCCACCGAGUUUCCCAGCACCUGGGUCUGCUCUGGUUUGGGUGCUCUGCCUUUGCCCAGCUGGUUCAGGACUGGAGGUGUCUGCUGACCUCCUACCCCACGGUUUGCAGUGGGUUGACCCCUGACUCGGCACACAGCUGGGGUUGACCUCAGAGGCCGAGUCCUGGGCCUGCAGCCAGGAGGCACGUGAGCAUGGUGGGUGGGAGUGGGGGCCGAUGGCAGGUGUCACACUAAGGGGAACCAGCCCCCACAGGCCUUGCUGCUGUUCAUAGGGACAGUUCUUUCUCCCGCCAUGUAGCUCAACAGGGACUGAAGGGCAGCCGCUGCUCUCCACCCUCAGGAGACAGGUUCCCUCCUUCUGCUGCUGCUGAAGGGCAUGUGCAAUGUCUAUCCUUCCUGGUGGUGGUGUCAUCUGUAUUUCUGGGGAGUAGGAGGGGCUGCCCUGGCACUUGGCUUCCAGGCCCAGGGAGGAUGGCGGAAUGUCCUCAGGGCGUACAACUCCUUCCUCAGGGGCCUCCAGGCCUGGGGCCUGCUCUAGGGGUUACUUUAGGAAGCCUUGGCGAGGCCUAAGGGAAGGGCCCACUUUGGUAUGAAGUGUGAAAUUUGCCUAAGAGGAAAUUUUCAUGAUUUGAAGUAGAUUAAAUAUCUCCUUUAAAGUGUAGUCACUUUUUUGCAAAAACUAAGGAAAAAUAGCUGAUUAUUUUAUGCCUAGAGGUAAUUUUCCCUUACUUUCUUGUAAAGGAAAUAUUUUUUAAUCUUUCAUAUCCCUUCCCCUCUGUAUUACAGAACAUUAGAUUUGCACUACUAUAACGUCGACUCAAAGUAUAAAAGUGUAUAGAUAAGUUUGAUUCUAUAUCUUCCUUUUGAAAGCGGUCUGGGGAGCCUCCCUGGCUGUCACGCUAGGGAGGUCUCUGCUCCUAGUCCUUGUCUUUUGUGGCAGCAGCAGGAGACAGCCCUGCCCAGCACCGCCCUGCACGACAGAAGUUUGACACGGGCACGUUUUUGAACAUAUCAGCUGUAUGUAUGUAAGUGACAGAAGUCGAUUUUUAAGGAAGUGUAUGUUAUGCCACAAGAACUCAUGGCUGGGUUAAGAAUCUUCUUUAGAACUAGGAAAGUGUUUUAUUCAUAUAUUUGGGGAGAAAUUUUGGGGGCUUAAAACUUGUAUUUUUUAUUUAAAAAACUUAAAUUAUUCUAUAACUUGAAAGAAAUUUCUUUGAAUAUAGGACAUGACUAUUUGAAGGAUUUUUGUUUGAAAUAUUAAUGUAUUUUUGUGCCUUAAAAUUGGUUCUUUUAAUAAAAUGCUUUCUGAAAGUUUA